GUCAAAUUUGGCAACUGUCAACUGACAUAUUUUCUUUUUAAUUUCGUUUACACGAUUUACAACAUUGAAUGCAUAUGAUUUGAUCUACAAACAAAAUCCAACCAUUGUUCACUUGAAGAAGUUUCCAUGUGUAUUAACCCUAGCUAGGUACUAGAAAAAAACCCGCUCGUUACAAUAAUAAAUAACAGAACAAUCAAGUGCUUAAUAGCCCGCUGCUGUUACUUUACACAAAGGUUGCUAUUCCAGAGUGUCCGUGUAAUGUGUGUCGCCGGCUGGCUGUGUUAGCGGGGUUGUGAGGCAGUGUGCAGUAUGCAGGCGGGCGGGCCGGACAGCGCGGCGGUGUCGGAGGCGCCGAGCAGCGGCAGCGACGAGUCGGACUGCGAGCCGCAAGCGGAGCCCGACGCGGACGCCGCCCUCACCGAGGAGUGGGCGCGCGAGCUGCUGGCCGGCGCGGGCGUGGCCUCCCCGCACGAGGUACACGUAGAAUCCAGAGCGGGAGUCGCCGGAGCCCUCAGCAGAGUUCUAGCAGUCACUGUGCGGUACGAAGCCGACGGCGAGCCAAAGGCAUUGCCUUUAGUAGUCAAACUGCCUCCCAGGGACCCCUUCGGGCGCCUCUUCGUGGCUGAAGCGCAGUUCGAUACGAGAGAGAUUCUGUUCUAUACGGAACUAGCGCCGGCUCUGAAUAGAUUGGCUGAAGAAGCAUUAGGUCCUGGCGAGGGAUUGCCCAUCCCGAAAUGUAUCAAGGCGAGAUUACCAGACGAAAUAGGCGGGGACAGCGAAUUGGUGCUAGAAGAUGUGACAUCUGUCGGAUUCGAAGCCGCGGAUUUCGCGGAGGGACUGUCCGAGGACCGAGCGCGUUCCGCGCUGCACGCCGUCGCCCGCCUGCACGCCCUCUCCCUCGCCCUCCGUGAGAGGGAGGGCCCACUCGACCAGAGAUUUGACUUCCUGUUCCCCUGCGAAAGGGCAGCGGCGGGGUACCUCCGGCUUGUCAGGCGAGGACUCCCGCAACUUGAAGCAUUCCUACGAGGACGCGCAGACUGCGUCGAGGAGGCCGCAGCUGUCUCAGUACUUUGUGCCAGAGCACCCUCCCUCCUCGGCACUCUAUUGAGACCCGCCGAACCUGCCCCUCUGGCACAUGCAGACUUUUGGAGCGGAAACCUACUAUUUAAAGAGAAUGACGGCGUCAGUGAAUGCAUAGCUUUGGAUUGGCAGAUGGUGUCUCUCGGGAGGCCGAUGGAUGACGUCGCACUGUUGCUACUGUCAUCGCUGACUCCCGAAAUGAGGAGGGCGGUGGGUGAAAAAUUAAUAGAGGAUUAUGGCGAUCGGUUGGAAGCUGAGAGUGCUAGACUAGGGGCGUCGUCGGCCGCCGCGGCCGUGAGGCGCUCGCUGCGGGCGGACUGGCCCCGCGCGGCGCUGCGGGCACUGCUACUGUGCGCCGGCAGCGUGGACGUGGCGCUGGGCGAGCCACGCGCCGAGCGCCGCCUGCUGGAGGCCGUGCGGGACUUGCACGCGGAGGGCGUGCUCGCGCUCAAACCUGAUACGGAAGCGUGACUCAAAAUUAGUGCCAAGGGCGUUUUACCGUUCAUUUUACAUUAUCGAGUCCAAUACAUAGUGUAAUUAUUUGAGAUAUUUUAAGCACAAAUUUUGUUAUAGUUGUAUGUUUUUUAUUACAACAUUAAUCGUAUUAGAUAAACAACGAUUGGAUUCGAUGAAGCCGGUCGCCAGUGGCGGCGUGUGAAGCCUAAUCAAAGACUGAAUAUACGUUUUAUCUAAUGCGUAUGUGAGUUAUAUCUAGUAGGUGAAUAUUGCUCAUCGUAUCAGCGGCUAGAAAUUCAUUGCGGUCUAUUGACUAUUAUUUAAAAUUAAAUUAUGGAUUAAA